UAGCACUUUAAUUCAUUAUGUCAUAUUUAAAUACAUUCACAUGUGUGUAAGACUAUGAAUAAACUUGUCUCAAACCUUCAUUUUCUCUUCAAAAGAUCCUUUCUUUCUUGUGAAUGGCCCAAAACCAUUAUUCUCUGCUUAGUUCUUUGAGUGUAGUCCUUCUCAGCAUCUCACUUACCUCAUGUUCUGAUACAAUUACCAUUGACAAAGCCCUCAGAGAUGGUGAGAUUCUUGUUUCUAAGAGCAAAACCUUUGCCAUGGGAUUCUUUAGUCCAGGCAAAUCCAGUUCCCGUUACAUCGGAAUCUGGUACAACAACUUGCCAGAACAAACUGUGAUUUGGGUUGCAAACAGAAACACUCCCAUCAACGACACAUCAGGGGUUCUCUCAAUCAACCAGCAUGGAAAUCUAGCACUCUAUAACAACUAUACCACUCUUCCAAUUUGGUCUUCAAAUGUUUCACUCACACACUCCAACAACAACGUUGUAGCUCAACUCUUGGACACAGCAAACUUUGUUCUGUUCCAAAACAACACCGGAACCAUCCUAUGGCAAAGCUUUGAUCACCCUACUGACACCUUCAUUCAGCACUUGAAAGUUGGUUUUGACAGAAGAAGUAACAAGAGCUGGUUCCUCCAAUCAUGGAAGACAGAUGAUGACCCUGCUCCUGGUGCAUACACGUUGGGAUUCAACCCCAAUGGGAAGCCACAGCUGUUCUUAUACAACAAGAACCUUCCAUGGUGGCGAGGAGGAUCAUGGAACGGUGAAUUGCUCAUGGGUAUACCAAACAUGAAACGAGACAUGCUCAAAUUCAAUAUUUCUUAUGAGGAAGAUGAAAACCAUUCAGCACUCUCAUACACCAUGUUUGAUGAGUCCAUUGUGAGCAGAAUAGUGGUUCAGCAAUCAGGUUUCUUUCAAGUGUUCACCUGGGAUUUCCAGAAGAGUCAGUGGAACCGGUACUGGUCAGAGCCAACAGGUCUAUGUGAUAACUAUGGAACAUGUGGAUCUAACAGUAACUGUGACCCUUUGGACUAUGAUGAGGCCUUUCAGUGUAGUUGUUUACCUGGGUUUGAACCCAAGUUCCCGCGAAACUGGUAUGAGAAUAGAGAUGGAUCAGGAGGGUGUGUGAGGAAGAAAGGGGUGUCUGUUUGUGAGAAUGGGGCAGGGUUUGAGAAGAUUGAAAGCUUGAAGAUUCCUGAUACAUCUAUGGUAAUAGUUAAAAAGGGUUUGAGUUUGAAUGAGUGUGAGAAAGAGUGUUUGAGAAACUGCACUUGCAAUGCAUAUUCAGUUGCUGAUAUUAGGAAUGGUGGGAGUGGGUGCAUGACAUGGCAUGGGGACUUGAUGGACAUUCAGAAGCUCAGUGAUCAAGGCCAAGAUCUUUUUGUCCGUGUCGACUCUGUUGAGCUAGCCAAGUACUAUAAAAGACCAACAUUGUUUGGUAAAAACAAGUUGGUAGCGGCUCUGGUAGCUUUCGUGCUUCUGGUUCUCCUUCUAGUGUCCAGUGUGUAUUACUUGUGGAAGAAGAGUAAAAACAAAGAGAAAAUGAUGUGGGAUUUAAAUCAUGGUUCUCCAAGAGAAGAAAACGAUGUUCAAAGCAAAAGACAUCCAAACCUUCCCUUAUUCAGUUUUAAAAUGAUAAUGGCAGCCACAGAAAAAUUUUCUCCAGAUAAUAAGCUAGGCCAAGGUGGAUUUGGCUCUGUCUAUAAGGGUCAUCUAUUUGAUGGACAGGAGAUAGCAGUAAAAAGACUCUCCAAAGAUUCAGGUCAAGGAAUAGAAGAGUUCAUAAAUGAAGUUACACUGCUAGUUAAACUCCAACACAGAAAUCUUGUGAGGUUGCUCGGUUGUUGCCUUGAGAAGGAAGAAAGAAUGCUAGUUUACGAAUACCUUCCAAACAAAAGCCUAGACUUCCUCAUAUUUGAUGAAGUUCGAAGAUCAUCGUUAGAUUGGGGUCAACGCUUUAAAAUUAUUUCGGGAAUUGCUCGAGGUGUAUUGUAUCUUCAUCAAGAUUCAAGAUUGAAAAUAAUUCACAGAGAUCUAAAAGCCAGCAAUGUUCUUCUUGAUGCUGUAAUGAAUCCCAAAAUCUCAGACUUUGGAAUGGCUAGAAUAUUUGGAGAAGAACAAAUUCAUGCAAGUACAAAAAAAGUAGUUGGAACCUAUGGUUAUAUGUCACCUGAAUAUGCAAUGGAAGGACGAUACUCUACAAAAUCAGAUGUCUUCAGUUUCGGAGUCUUGUUAUUGGAGAUUAUUGCUGGAAAAAGAAAUACAAAUUGUGAGAAAGGAAGAGCAGCCUCCUUAAUUGGAUAUGUGUGGAAACUUUGGACUGAAGGAAGGGCCUUGGAUGUUGUAGAUUCAACACUAGGCCAAUCUUAUCCUCCAGAAAUAGCACUGAGGUGCAUUCAAAUUGGACUAUUGUGUGUGCAAGAAAGCGUCAACAAUAGACCUUCCAUGUUAGAAGUUGUUUUCAUGCUACGCAAUGAAGCACCUAUUUGUUCACCUCAGAAGCCAGCAUUUUUAUUCAAUGGCAACCUGGACAUGAAAGGUUCAUCAACAUCUGGAGGAGGAUCUUCAGUAAAUGAAGUGACAGUAACUACCAUCUCUGCUAGAUAAAAUCCACCUCCAAUAUUGUAAAGAGUUCAACAUGGUUAGUAGGUUCUAUUAGUUUAAGUUGCUUGAGAAACUCUGUUUCUUCAUUACAUAAUGAGUAUAUUUGCAUGAA